UCACUUUUUAGGUAUUGAUGGCAGAAUCGAUUGUAUUAUACGCCAAGAAGAAAACACACGAGAGGCUGACUUUGAAGCUCAUUUACUUAUUUGUUUUUUUCCCCAGAAGCCGCUGAGGCCGGUCCAAUGAGCCCUGGCACCCGGUGGAGACGUGGCUUAUCGCGGGUGGAGUUCUGUUCUCCGGGCGAGCAGCGUGGCAGCCCUAACCCUGCCCACACUAACAGGAUUGAGGCGGUUGUGAGAAUGGAAUUAGCUAAUCAAGGAGAACAUGUCAUCCCAAAGCCUCAUCCAAUCACCAUCUUAUGUUCCUCAUGUUCCUCUUAAUGGGAUCCGGUUGAAGGGUGGCCCACGUCGUCUGAAUGCCGCGUACGGGACAACCAGCCCUGAGGCGGGCCGCACAUUUCGUGGAAACGCAGUGGCGCAGAAAGUGGGUAUGCAGUGUAUGCAACGCAUAGGGGGCGCUGCAUUAGAGGGGGCGCAAAAACGACGUGGGGGAUUUUUUUUUCUAGUCAGCAUUUUAUGUAUUUAACAGCUGCUUGUGUAUGAAAUGAUCAAUAACAGAGGAACAGCACUGAUUAGGCGCCCCUCCAUCCUGCCAGCCGCUCUCCCCUCCCAUACAGGUAGCUUGGGCAGCGGCCCUUCAGAACGCGCUGAGGCCGUUUUUUUUCCUUUUAAAUUUGAGUUGUAGGAAUGCACUCGACUACAGGGAGCUAAAGAUGAGCAGCAGAUAAACCUCCGGGGCACAAAACAGAAAACAGAAGAGGGGGAAGGAUAAAGAUGUUGGAGAGACAAAGAAAAGCUUUUCAAAGUGGUUGAAAGACAGAAGCAAGAAGAAGAAAAACCACCUUUAAGAAGAGAAUCGAGAUCCUUCCGAGGAAAAUUCUCAACCGUAAUAAUCAGAGCAAAAAAUAUCAAUGUUUCUGAAAAUCAUAUCACCAAGCAAGAUUAAAAUUAUGUUUGUUAUGCCAUUUAAAAUCUUCAAACGUGUCAUAACAAGUGGGAAACAAUGGGCCUAGAGCUAAAUGUAAGUGUAUUCCAUUCUCGUCUCAAAUUUCUGCGUCUCCUCUUACUCCUGGCUGCCACAGUAAGCCGUCUUCCCCCUAAACUCAAUCAGAAAGGUUUACAGGGCUGAUUAGAUUAGCAUAAGCAGCUGGGAGUAGUUAAUGGUCUUUGCUGGUGUUGAUAAGUAACACUGACUAAUUGGCCCGGGCCAGCCGCAGAGAGCCGACACCGGCUCACAGGAACAGACUGAGACAAACAGAACUGGAUCGGCGCCGUGUGUGAGCUGCUGAGGCUCGGAUGCGAUGAAGAGAGAGCUUCUGGAUGCUCCUGGCCGAGACGUGGACUUUAACUGAGGGACGGGAUUUGAUGAUACUUUAGCUCCCUGCUCAGGGGUCAUCAGAGGUCAACCACUGUGGGGUGCAACUUCACUCAGGUCAAAUUUACUGGUCUCAACAUGAAUCGGCACGCCUUCGCGCCCUUCCCAGCCAGACCCCCGGCCUACCCUCUGAUGGGAUACCAGGACAGAAAUUUCGACCUGCAGCCUCCUGGACGAACACAGAGGCCGUACUUUGACAGAGCCUUUCACCAAGCAGCGCAGAAGUCCUCCAGAUCCGCAACAAGAAGAAGCAGCAGCAGUUGUCUACAUGUCUAUAUUGCAUGGAGGAUUUAUUACCACAAACAACUCAAGAAAAUGCAUCAGAAAUCCCAAGGUCUUCCUCAGGAGACGGUGAUGAAAUUUCCAAUCACAAACCUGCUAGACUUGGAGCAGCCUGAACAACCCCAGCCCUCCUGCAGACGCCCAUAUUUAGAUUCUGCAUUUAGAAGCACAGCAGGAAGAGAAAAAGCAAUAAAUGCCGGCCAUAACCCGAGCGAUCAACCGGAACCUCACCCAUCUACACCUGCUUUCCGCCCCAAUGAGAAAGCGGAUCUGGAGAGACCCAAGGGCUGCCAAACCAACCCGACGAGUGACUCCCUCGACAGGAAGUGGCACCUGGAGGGCUGCAGCUCCGACGGCGUGAAGAGGCUAAAGCAGGAAGACAAGCGGCCUGACCCAUCUUUAUUCACUGCACCUUGUACAGACCCUUCCACAAGCAGGAUGCAGGCUCAGCCACCGAGCAUCAGCAGGCUGUGCGCGUCCUGUUGCUGCACCUGCGUCUCUUACCCGGGUGCAGAGCUGCAUCCCUACCAAACUGCAUCAUGGGAGCAAGCAUGGAGCCACAGAGUGGAUGUCCAUCUGAGGCAGAAAGUCUUCAAAGAGUAUUUCUGUGAGCGGUUUCCGCCUACGUUGGCACCUCAUGUUUACUCUCCUCUGGACUCUGUUUACCUUCCAGACCAGAACACGCUCCCGUCGUUUCUGUCCCUGCUGUAGAGCAUAACUCUCAUUCUGGCUUUUUUUCUUCUGGACUUCUAAAAACCAGAGAGCUGAUCGUUUCUACAACAGAGAAUGCUUGUAGUCCUUAAUCUGCUCUAAAUGUUUUGAUGACAAAUGUCAUUCCUCUAAAAACCAGGUUUCUACAAGAGAGCCAAAAACAGACUUUUAAAAAAAAAAAAUAGUCUCAGAAAUUUUCUAGAAAAAGUUGGAAAUUUGCUACAAAACAAACUUGGAGUUUCAAAAAUUGAGAACUUUCAACCAUUGAAAUUUCCAAGUUUUGUCUAGAAAAUUUCUAGAAUUUUUUUUUAAGAUCUACAAUGGCCUUACUAUGACAUGGUAGUUUCUUAUUCAGUUUUAAUUUGCUUUAAAAUAUCACUCUUAAGUUGUAAAGACACCCAUGUACAGCUGGCUAAGAACACAAAUAUUAACCAGGAAUUCUCAUGCAUUGCAUUUCUUGGGUUCUUUGUUUGUUUUGUUUUGAUUUUUUUAUUUGAUGGAGUAUGAUUUUAAUACAGAUAUUCUGUUUGGGUUUUUUUUUUUAAAGCCCAACCACUCAGCUCACAAAUCCCUCCUAGCAUAAGGCAAGUUUCUCCGAGCAAAUAUCAAAAUGAAACCCUCAGACAAAACCACUUUAAAAGACUAAAUUAAUUUUGCUACUUAACUGUAGCAAAAUGUAAAGAAAUUGGAAAUGGCUUAAAACGUUUACACAGUUCAAUAAAUAAGUUCUCAUCA